CUCAGAUGCAACAAUGGCUCAACUAUCAUUCCUGAGGGAGAACUGUGAGCGUAUCCAAGCAGUGGAGAAUUCAUUUGGUCCGUCUGGGCGGCCUCUGUCUAAGCCGGGCCGGAUUCUGAUGGGAGAGGGUCACCUGAUGAAGCAGAACCGAAAGAAGACUGAGCUGAAGGUCUUCUUCCUCUUCAACGAUGUUCUGGUGUACGGCAGCGUGAUUCUGAGCGGCCGCUGGCACACCAACCAGAGGAUUAUACCGCUAGAGGACAUUCAGCUGGAGGACAUGGAGGACAGUGUGGGAUGUCAGAACCAGUGGUUAAUCCGUACACCACAGAAGUCCUUCUUUGUGUCUGCUCCUUCUUACAAAGAGAAGCGGGACUGGAUGGACCACAUCAAAGGCUGCUGUGACAGUCUGCUGAAGGGCGACACCUGCCGGCCUGGCCCCACCUUUGCUAUGUCUUGGAUCCCGGAUCGCGCUGCUUACAGAUGCAUGCGCUGCUUGAAGAGAUUCACGGCCACCAUUCGCCGACACCACUGCAGGAAAUGUGGCUUUGUGGUCUGCAAUGCAUGCUCCACGGCGCGGGAAAAGAUAGACCACAUUCACCCGACUAAGAAACUGAGAGUCUGCCGCCACUGCCACUCAAAGAAUGGAGAAGAGGAGAUGUCUCGCAUCAGGGGGGACAGCACAGGGAACUGCUUAGUGGUGGAGGAUGUGGCAUCAUCCAGUGGUAGUGAUGAGGAAGAAGAUGAUAUGAUGUCAUACCUCCCUCACGGUAGCUGGGUGAACGCCGAGGUGGAAAUCUGGGGAAAACCUGGCACCUAUUAAUCCAGCAACCGCUGCAGCCUUAUAGACUAAAUGCAUUAUAAUGAAGCACUUUUGACUUUUAAAUGGACAGUGAUGAGAAAGUGUCGAUACAAAGCUGUUUUUGUAAAUACAGUACAAGUGUUUGAGAUCAUAAUCAAUUAAUGUGGUCCAGUGAAGGGCACCCCACAUUCCUUUUGCCUUGAGCCCCCAAAAUCCAUUGAAACACCCCUGCUCAUGGGCAUCACUGUAAGAUAACAUGAUAUAUGAUGUUUAUAUACUAUAUAUAUAUAUAUAUAUAUAUAUAUAUAUAUAUAUAUAUAUAUAUAUAUAUGAUUUGUACACUUUUGCAGCUAUCAAUACUAGACUUUUUUACGCUUGACUUUUUUUGUGUAUUUAAGAGUAUUUUUGUAUAUUUAUUUAUUUAAGAGUAUGAUAAUUGUUGUUUGGUGUCAAAGGAACCCACACGUUUGAUUAAAAUCAUGUGUGUAUGUAUUAGUAACUGUUAACAUGUGGAUAAUCAUUUUAAAAAAAACAUGUCAAAGAUGAGUGUCUGUUCAGAUCAUUUGAAUGGUGAGUGUCGAUGUAUAUACAAAGUAUGUCAAUAUUUUCUUAGCUGAUUGUUCAAGUUGAUUUGUUUAAGAAUGUGUUUUCACAAAUGGAAAAGAAAAAAGUAGGAGAAAAUUAUAAAUAAGAGGCGAGACGAUUAUAAGAACUAUAUUGUAAGCAAUGUUAAACAUUUGCAACGUCACAACAUAUCCAAAUUAAACAUAAACUGAAAAAAGACUAUGUAAUCAUGGGUCAUGAAUAUAAAUUCACUCUGUGUUUUAAUUAUGUGGUUUAUAAACACUGAAUGGACUAUAAGUCUAAAUAGAUAUGAGGUAUUUAUGCACAAACUUUAUAGGAACAUUCCACUGACAGCAGACCACUCAACACAUAGAGCAAUGACAUUUUAUUGAGUUAAAUUACCAUGGUUUGGAAUAUGAUUUUGAUCCUUUUUAACAAGUCUGCAUUUUAUAACAAAUCUAAUUGCUACGUACUUUAGAAAUAUGUGGGUGGAUUUCCAUGGUUUUACUCAAAGAAAAUCUGAACAACAUUUUCACAUUUUCAACAUUUCUGGUGCCGGCGUGGUUUACCGUUUUUUAUAAACUCGUAAUAAUGCCAGAUCUUGUCGUGAGAGGUUGCUUUGAUUUUGAUGUGACACCUGUUUGGCUGACGACUGAAGAAGGAAGUAAAUGUCUUUUUAAAAUUUUCCACAACAACAGCACUGAUUCUAAUCAUUACCAGCACCCAGUCUCACAGACAGCGUCUCACAGAAUUGUCCCCUGGAGAGACCCACAUUUGACAAAAGCAACUCAUGUUGUAUCAUUUAACAACAGAUGACUGGCAGAGCAAUGUGGUUAGCAAAUGCUCAAAAUUCAUGUGAUGUUGUUCUACUUUAAAUUGUACCUAUGUCAUUCACACUGGGCUAAAGGUUUGGACAAAUGCAGAAAUAAUGAACUACCUUACCUCAAAGUGCUGGCUAUCUUUGGCCUUUAACACUUAAUGAGACGUUGAUUUUUAUUUAUUUUACUUAUUUUAAUUUGAAUAGAAUUUAUUGUUUUUUUAUUGUAUGGCUGCUAUUUCUAAUUGUGUUUUUUAUGAUUUUUAAUUAAUUUUAAGCUGUUUUAUCAAAUUUUGAACCUUUUACUUAUUAUGCCUUUUAUUUAUUCUGUACAGCACUUUGGUUCACUGUGGUUUGUUUAAAGUGCUUAACAAAUAAAGUUGGAUUUGAGUUGGAUUGGAUUUUUAUUCUAUUGCGCAACUAUUGUGGUUUAUUUAUAUAAAUUCUGUUCAUUUUACGCUGUUGCUGUGUGGAUCACCCUCACUCACAAUAUAGUUGUACCCUAUUGUGCAAUGACAAUAAAGUCUAUUCUAUUCUA